AUGAAGCUGGUCACUGUGUUCCUGCUGGUGACCAUCAGCAUUUGCAGUUACUCUGCUACCGCCUUCCUCAUCAACAGUUUGCCACUUCUUGUCAACAAGGCUUUACCUUUACCUCUGGACAAUGUUCUCCCAGUCAUGGACCCACUUAAGCUUCUUCUGAAAACUCUGGGCAUUUCUGUUGAGCACCUUGUGGAAGGGCUAAGGAAGUGUGUGAGUGAGCUGGGACCAGAGACCUCUGAGGCCGUGAAGAAACUGCUGGAGGCACUCUCAUAUUUGGUGUGA